CCCCCGUCCAGUUUGUUUCGACUGCGAUGAAGACUGGUUUUGGGUAGUUUAUGAUUUUUUAACAGAAGCUAGCUGGUCACAUCAAAAGAUCUUAUCAUCUCCCACUGCAAUAAACGAUGGCCAAAUGGCGCCGGGCUACGUGUCCAGGUAUUUGAGCGAUUUUUUGUCGACUCUUUUGGACACGAUCGCCAAACCGGGGGCGGUGCAGAAAUACUACUCGGACGGAAACGCGGACACGGACCACGAGGGCGAACUCAUCACCGAAGCAGACGUGCAGCGGGCGCAAAGCUACCUCCGCACGCUGAAACACCUGCAGUGCACAGAAUCCGUGCCGAAAUACGAGAUCGACAAGUUUUUUGGACGUUACAAGGGGCCGAAAGCGCAGGAAUUUUCCGAGGCCUACAAAUUUCUCCAUCAGGAAGAGGCGCACAUCCCAGCGAACAGCAAACUAGGCACCUACGGCACGGAAAAUCCGAGCACGACGGAAGGGAAAACCGGGGAGUCCGAGGGGAUUCCGAAACCCGGCGCGGAGGGCGUGAUCGGGCCGGAUCCGGAGAGAAACGCGAAGCUCCUCGCCGAACGCAAAAGCCGCGUUGCAGACGCGUUUUUCGCCCUUUUCCAAAGUGGCGUCGGAGCGGCGAAGAUUUUCGUGGACGACACGAAUAAGAAGAAUUUCGGCGACCUGGUGCUGUUCCCGAAAGACGCGAAAGUAGUCGACGGCGCGCAGCGGGCGCGCUUGGACGUUUCGGUAGGCUGGGACUGGAACCGAGGAUCCGAGCACUACGCGGGUAGCUCCGCCGUUCGAUAUUGGCACGUCGCGGCGGGACCGGAGAAGGACGCGAAGGUCGAAUACUGGCGGCCACCCGAGAGCCCGACAGAGUUCCCCACGCCCUGCCGGUGUUGGAAGGACGACGCGCUCAGUUGCAAGAAAAAGCUGCGGACGUAUUUGGAGGGCCACGUGGCAUUUUUGAAACGAAGGCUGCAGGCACAGCAAGCGUAA